AUGACGCAAACUACGGCAGCUGGCUCAGGGGGUUCGAAUGUCAGCAACUUGAUGACGACAAGUAGUACACCGAUACGCAUUGGGAGCGGAUUGAGCAGCUAUCAUGGUAACAGUUCAGCUUCUGUUGCUACUCAUCAUGCAUUGACCGGAAAUGAUUCAUCUUCACCCGGUGGUGGCGGUAGUGCUGGCACUGGCACAUCUGCUGUGCCUCAAUCUAGCAGUGUACCAUCUGGGGCAGCCGAUAAUAUACGUCAGCAAUUGCAAAGCCAAAUUUCCUUGUCUAUGGGCGCCUCCAAUCAGUCGUUAGGUGUUAGCGCGGGUGCUGUAGGAGUUUCUAGUAUAACACCACCCAACAGUGCCGGUCUGCGGCAGACUGGAGAAGAUAGUGACAAUUCCAUAGUUGAUGUGACAUACUUCCCAGUUUCUGCUAACGAUUCCAGUGAUAGUGUCUACGGCAAUGAUGAAGAUAACCCACCACAUCCGACCGCG